AUGGAAGCAGCAGCAGCAGCCGCCACCGCUGCCCCGUGCCUCCCCUCUCACUCUCCGAGGGUUAGGGCUGCUCCGGUCAGAGUGGUCGCGAGGAUUUGCCCCGGCGUAGACCCCGCUGGUUCCUUCCAGGUCGCCGCCCGCGUCCCCGAUCCGGCCAAUUCCUCCUCCGCUUCCGUCUCCUUCAUCCCCAUCAUCAAGGAGGCCACUCCAUCUGGAAGCACGACUCCCCACAAGCAUCGCGAGUACAAACUCGAUUGGUGCUAUCUCAACGACAAUUCGGACACAGACAUCUUCCAGAAUGAGGUUAAACACCUCGUGGAUAACAUAUUUUGCGGCGACGGACGCAACCACGCAUGUGUAAUCACUUGCGGUUCCAUUGCCAAAACCCACCUCGUUAUGGGGUCCGAGGAUCAUCCUGGCUUGCUUACCCUGGCCAUGGAACGAAUCCUUGACUGCGCCAAACCCAUCAGGGCAACCGUCAGCGUUUCCUCUUAUCAGGUGCUUCAAGACAGCCAUGUCUUUGAUAUUUUGGAGCCCAAGGACAGCGAGGUCCUUGUGCGAGAGGAUGCCGAUGGAAGGACUCACCUGAAGGGCCUCUCCAAGGCUGGAAUCAAUUCAAUUCAGGAGUUUCAGAAUUUGUGUUAUGGGAGCGACAGGCUCCAAAAUCCCACCAAAGCUUCCAACCAAGCUAGAGGGCACCGUGCUUUUAUUAUUUUCAUUUCUAGAAUUGAUCAGAAUGGCAGAGAAUGCUCUGUAGCAAAUAUGCAUUUUCUUGAGCUGGCAGGCUAUAUCAAUAACAAGCAAAACAGCCAUGGUGGAGGAUUUGCUCAACCAAAUUCUAAGAAGUCCUUAUAUGCCGUGAUGGAUGUUGUGCAAUCUCUAAACAGCCACCAGAGCUUCAUACCAUAUAGGAAGAGCAAAGUAACUCAUAUUUUGCAAGACUCUUUAUGCAAGACAAGUGGUGCUUUAUUAAUAGCAUGUUUGGAUGAAGUCUCCUGCCAAGAUGCAGUCUCUACUCUGAGCUUGGCUUCGCGCUCAAGCCAAGUGGUCAAUGAACAGUGCUACAACUUAUCCUUAAGCACAAAAGGUUGUUCAAAGUCAAAUGUAAACCUUUCAGUAAAUGCUAAGAAUUUGUCAACGUCAUUGUUGCCUUCUAUCCAGCAACGAAGUUCUAUAGUGGAGAAGUCCGACAAAACUCAAUUUAAUAACAGUGCAGUAAAAGCAGCUCGAGCUCUCAAUUCUAAUAAGAGAUCUGAAACAAGCACACAUUCAGCGAAAAAAGCUGUAAACAUAGUCUCUGCUUCAACUAAUUUGAAACACUCCGGUGCUAAGUCUAUCAUGAAAGGAAGGAAUUUGUUUUUUCGAACUACUAAUUCAUCAAAGGAAGAUAAGAAAGAUUUGGUGACAACUGCGGUAGUGAGACCUAAGGAGGUAGGGACAUCAAUUUGCAUGGAAAUCCAAGCCCUCCCGCCAAUUGAGGAGAAACGUGGCGACACAAAAAACAGUGUAAUAUCAUCUGAAAUGCAAGAAGUAGUGCCUUGCAGCAUGAAAGAACUAGUAUCAAGUGAUGUGAAAGAAGAGGACCAUUCCUCUUCAGCAGAGAACUUGUAUGCUGACUUAGGAAUGACAUGCUCAUCUAAUGCAGCUGAUAAAUCUACUGAGAAAAAUCUAGCCAACGUUAUCCAAUCCUCUCCAAAGAUAAGUGACCAACUGAGAGAGAUAUCAAACUCAUUGAAGCUUCUCAGUACUAUGCCAUCGAGCAUAGUAAAACAAAAGGCAGAUAUAGUUCAUGCCAAACCCUUUGACAUAGUUGAAGUAGAACCAAAAACUCCUGAGAUCCACUUAAAAGUUGGGCACGUUGAAGAUCCACAAGAGUCACUCAAGGCUCGCAGCACAGGGUUUAAGAAAUCCCUGGCUAAAGAGUGUUUGUCGUUUAUAAACAGCGCUAGCAAGGAGCAGUUAAAAAGUUUAAAGGGUAUUGGAGAGAAAAGGGCAAAUUUUAUUCUUGAGCUUCGAGAGGAGUCACCAGAGCCAUUGAAAGAGAUUGAUGAUCUUAGAAACAUCAUUGGGAUGAGCAAAACAGAGAUCAAUAAGAUGGUGUCAGGGAUGAUUUUGGAUUCGGAGAUGGACUAG